AUGUUUUGUGUCGAAGAGCCAAGGAUAAUUUCACAUUCUCGUUGCGGAGUAUCAAAUAUAAAUAAUCCUAAAGAAUCGCCUGACCGUGCAUUACAAGCAGCAGAACUCUUAAUUUGGUUUAGUGAAAAUAAUUUAAACAACAACAACACUCAAGAAAUAACAGAUUGUUCUCAGAAAAAUGAUAUAUUUCAAAAACCAAAAAAACCACAUCCAAAAUUUAGACGGUAUAUAACCAAUGAUCGAGUAUCACCAUCGUUUAACAAGUUCUUUUCAUCAUCUUCGGAUUCUGAUUCAACUGUUCCUAAUACGUCACGAUCAUCACCGCCCAUCAAUUCAUUAUUUUAUCAAAUUCCAUUGACAAAUCGAUCGGAUAUCGCAGAUCCUGUCCUUCUACACCAACAACAGCCACAAACUCUAUCAACUGAUCUGUCAUAUUCACCGUGUAGUACAAGACAAUCUUUAUCAUUUUCAUCAUCCAGUCCACCAAUUGACAGUGAUAGUGAUUUUUAUUCUCGUCAUACUGAUGACAAUUCAUGUUCAUCAUUAUCAUGUUCUUCGUUAUCUCCGACAUCUGUUUCUUCCGAACAGUCUUCUGACGAUUGCCAUAUUUUAUACAUUCAAGUGAAUGGUCAAUAUAUUCCAAUUGCAAAAACAACAUUUCCUCUUCAGACAAAAACCUUUUUACAAUCAACAAAUAGUACUCAAUCACAAUCUCCAGUACCAUCGAAUAGUAAUCAAACGGAUGAUAACAUUACGGAACCUCUAGUCUCACCAAUACAACUUUCGCAAUCUGUUCCUUCGACAACAAAGCCAACAAAACAAUCAUUAGAUAGAAAGAAAAAUUAUGUAUGUUCACAUAAUGGAUGUAAAAAAGCUUAUUAUAAAAGUUCACAUUUGAAAGCGCAUAUUCGAUUACAUACCGGUGAAAAACCGUUCCGUUGUGCAUGGGUAAAUUGUCAUAAAACAUUUGCACGUUCUGAUGAAUUAUCUCGUCAUCGUCGAACUCAUACGGGUGAAAAAAAUCAUGUUUGUACAAUAUGUCAAAAAGCUUUUAUGCGUAGUGACCAUUUAGCCAAACAUCAUAAACGUCAUUCAACUUCAUUAACACUCAGUAAUCAUCAACGACAAAACUACGAUAUGAAAAAAUCAACUUCAUUAACAGAAGAGACCAAUGCACUUGAAUUGUGA